AGGAGCCACCUUAAGAUCUUUGAGCUGAUCAUGCUUUCUGAAUUUGGACUCCCCAUCUCAGCCACGGAGCUCCUCCUGGCCUCUGCUGUCUUCUGCCUGGUAUUCUGGGUGGUCAGGGCCUGGAAACCUCAGGUCCCCAAAGGCCUAAAGAGUCCCCCGGGGCCCUGGGGCUGGCCCCUGAUUGGACACAUUCUGACCCUGGGGAAGAACCCGCACCUCGCGCUGACGCGGCUGAGCCAGCGGUACGGGGACGUGAUGCAGGUGCGCAUUGGCUCCACGCCCGUGCUGGUGCUGAGCGGCCUGGACACUAUCCGGCAGGCCCUGGUGCGGCAGGGCGAUGACUUCAAGGGCCGGCCUGACCUCUACAGCUUCACCCUCAUCAUGGAUGGCCAGAGCAUGACCUUCAGCCCUGACUCUGGACCAGUGUGGGCCACCCGCCGACGCCUGGCCCAGAAAGCCCUGAAGAACUUCUCUACGGCCUCAGACCCAGCUUCCUCAUUCUCCUGCUACCUGGAGGAGCACGUGAGCAAGGAGGCUGAGUACCUCAUCAGCAAGUUCCAGGAGCUGAUGGCAGAGGUUGGGCACUUUGACCCCUACAGGUACAUGGUGGUAUCAGUGACCAACGUCAUCUGUGCCAUGUGCUUUGGCCAACGCUAUGACCACGACCACCAAGAACUGCUUAGCAUAGUCAACGUGAAUAAUGAGUUCGGGGAGGUGGUCACCUCAGGGAACCCAGCUGACUUCAUUCCCAUCCUCCGUUACCUACCCAACUCCACCCUGAAGGUCUUCAAGGAGUUGAAUGAAAAGUUGUACAGUUUCACACAGAAGAUAGUCAAGGAGCACUACAAAACAUUUGAAAAGGCCCACAUCCGGGAUAUCACAGACAGCCUAAUCAAGCAUUGUCAGGACAGGAAGCUGGAUGAAAACGCAAAUAUCCAGCUGUCGGACAAGAAGAUCGUUAAUGUUGUCAUGGACCUCUUUGGAGCUGGGUUUGACACAAUCACAACUGCCAUGUCCUGGAGCCUCAUGUACCUGGUGACGAACCCCAGGGUGCAGAGCAAGAUCCAGGAGGAGCUGGACACAGUGAUUGGCAGGGCACGGCGGCCCCAACUCUCUGACAGGCUCCAGCUCCCCUAUCUGGAGGCCUUCAUCCUGGAGACCUUCCGACACUCGUCUUUCAUCCCCUUCACCAUCCCCCACAGCACCACGAGAGACACAAGUCUGAGUGGCUUUUACAUCCCCAAGGGACGUUGUGUCUUUGUGAACCAGUGGCAGAUCAACCAUGACCAGAAGCUAUGGGGUGACCCAUCCGAAUUCCGGCCGGAAAGGUUUCUCACCACCGACGGCACCAUCCACAGGGCACUGAGAGAGAAGGUGACGCUCUUCGGCAUGGGCAAGCGGAACUGCAUCGGGGAGACCAUUGGCCGCUUGGAGGUCUUCCUCUUCCUGGCCAUCCUGCUGCAGCAGGUGGAGUUCAGCGUGUCACCAGGUGUGAAGGUGGACAUGACUCCCAUCUAUGGGCUGACCAUGAAGCAUGCCCGCUGUGAACACUUCCAGGUGCAGCUGCGUUCUUAG